GUUACAUCCAAUGAGUGUCUUCUCCAACGGACUGCCCCCUCGGAAAGUGAGAUAGAGUUUCCAUAAUUUCACACAAGACCUAAAUGCAUAAAGUCGAACAAGCACACAGACAGGUGCAGCCCGGGGGAUGGGUCAGGACCAGGAGGAGUUUGCACUCGUAUAGAAAUCUGCCGGCACAUUGGAAUAUGCUCUUCAUGCUGCUCUGCGGCUCUCGCUGCCUUUAAUUGACUGAUCUGAUUUGAACUGUUGGGUGCAUUCUUCCUUGGAUGCAAACAUCGUCAUGUUUAUCAGAACAACGUGCCUGCUCCACAUUGUGGUGUCCCUGUCCAAACUGGUGCGCUGCAUGGAAAGUGAACUUUGCUUCCCGGUCAGACUGGACAUCCAGCAGCAGCAUAAUGACAGAUGGGAGUCUGACAACUACGUGAAUGCUCUCAAUGGGAAAUGUGUGCUAAUAAUUGACGCUUUCCACCAGCAGUUAGAGGUGGAUUUACAGCAAGAUUCAAACUUUAUCGGACCUCAUGUGUCCAGCCAAGACGCACCGUGGCUCUCCAGUACGGAUGUCACCACAGACCUGAGCCGGUGUUUUUACUCCGGCUACGUGAAUGGUGACCGCUCCUCUUACGCAGCCUUGAGCCUGUGUAAAGGUGUGCAAGGUGCAUUUGGCUAUCAAGGCUGGGAGUAUUUCAUCAGCCCGGUGCGUAAUGACACCACCAGCGCUGGCAGUGCGCACGUCAUCCGGCGUAGAAACAGCAGCAACUUGAAGCCCAAUUCCACCUCAAGAUGCGCAGUGGACAACGACAUAAGUCUCCACGUCAAGCGGUUAUUGGAGAAAUACAAGAGCGUUGACGACAACGGCAAUGUGACCGAAACCAUGCUGAGAAGGAUGGGGAGAAGCAAACGCUUCGCUUCCGUCCCAAGGUACGUGGAGACCCUGGUGGUGGCGGACCAGACCAUGGUCGAGUUCCACGGCGACGACCUUAAACAUUACAUCUUGACACUCAUGUCAGUGGCGGCAAGGCUCUACAAGCACCCGAGUAUCCUCAACUCAAUCAACAUCGUCGUGGUGAAGAUUGUGGUGAUAUUCGAGUUGGACAAAGGACCCAAGGUGUCUGGGAACGCAGCCAUGACGCUACGGAACUUUUGCACUUGGCAGAAAAAGAUGAACAAGCACAACGAUAAGCACGCCGAUUACUGGGACACCGCAAUACUGUUCACUAGACAGGAUCUCUGUGGCGCCUCCACAUGCGACACCCUCGGUAUGGCUGACGUUGGCACCAUGUGCGAUCCCAAGAGGAGCUGCUCAGUGAUCGAAGACGACGGUCUCCCUUCGGCCUUCACCACAGCUCAUGAGCUCGGACACGUCUUCAACAUGCCACACGACAACGUGAAGGCCUGCGAGGAUGUGUUUGGGAAACUGCAGGAUAAUCACAUGAUGUCUCCCACGCUCAUUCAGAUUAAUCGCACCAGCCCCUGGUCGCCCUGCAGUGCUGCCAUCAUUACAGAGUUUUUAGACAGCGGACAUGGUGAGUGUUUGCUGGACCAACCACAGAAACCAUUAGGCCUCCCAAACGUCCUCCCUGGAGCAUCCUACAUCCUAGAGCGUCAGUGUCAGCUGGCCUUUGGUGAAGAUUCCAGGCCCUGUCCCUUCAUGCAGCCACCAUGCGUACGUCUGUGGUGCACAGGGAAGUCCAAUGGCCAGUUAGUGUGUAUGACUCGACACUUCCCCUGGGCGGAUGGCACACACUGCGGUGAUGGAAAAGUCUGUGACCGAGGGGUCUGCUCGGAAAAAGAGGACUACGGUAUAAAGGUGGAUGGUCGCUGGGGUAAAUGGGGUUCUUUUGGUACAUGCUCCCGCACAUGUGGAGGUGGUGUUCAACUGGCUAAAAGGGAAUGCAACAACCCAGUCCCAUCAAAUGGGGGGAAAUACUGCCAAGGGGUACGGGUCAAAUACCGCUCCUGCAACCUGAACCGCUGCCCUGACACAGGUAAGACGUAUCGAGAUGAGCAGUGUGAAAUGAGCGGCCGCAGCUUCAGCAGUAACCACAUCGCCCCCUCUGUGGUGUGGGUACCCAAGUACUCUGGAGUCAGUGCUGAUGACAGAUGUAAACUCAUCUGCAGAGCGAAUGGAACCGGCUACUUCUAUGUGCUGGCACCCAAGGUUGUCGAUGGAACGCCAUGCACUCCAGACUCCCUGGGUGUGUGCGUUCAAGGAAAAUGCAUCAAGGCUGGUUGUGAUGGAAAAAUUGGCUCGACCAAGAAGUUUAACAAGUGUGGAAUCUGCGGCGGUGAUAAUAAAAGCUGCAAGAAGGUGUCGGGACUCUUCACCAAGCCCACACAUGGCUACAACUUUGUGGUCAUAUUGCCAGUGGGUGCGGCCAAUAUAGAUAUCCGUCAGAGAGGAUACCAAGGAAUGCUGGGGGACGACAACUAUUUGGCGGUGAAGAACAGCGAGAGCCAGUACCUGCUCAAUGGCAAUUAUAUGGUGUCAGCGGGCGAGAGGGACAUCAUCGUUAAGGGCAGUCUGCUGCGCUACAGCGGCACCACUGGUCUCUCUGAGACCCUCCAGGCUGUGAAUCCGUUGGGCGAGGCCCUCACUGUGGAGGUGCUGUGUGCAGGCAAUUUGACCCCCCCUCGCAUACGCUACUCUUUCUACUUGGCUAAUCAGAACAAAGAGGACAAGACUCUGAAGAAGGACGCUCGUGUGAAAUCGCACAACAGUGUUCUGGCUGAUGACAGCGUUAAGGAGAGGGGGUCGGACAUUUUGAAGAAACCUUACAGUAAAGAGCAGCCUCUUCUUGAGAAAUGGACAUCCACAUCCUGGGAUGAAUGCUCGGUGAGCUGUGGCGAGGGUUUCCAGAGACGAAUGGUACAGUGCUUAAGAUCGGACGGGAAGCCGGGAUUGAAAUGCGAGCCUUCCCAAAGACCGUCAGCCACCAGAACCUGUGGAGACCCAUGUCCAGAAUGGCACAUCGGUCAGUGGUCACCUUGCUCCAGAACCUGCGGUAAAGGCUUUAAGCGACGAGCGCUGCACUGCAGAGCCCAAACAGGACACCUGCUUCCUAGAGACCACUGCACUGGCUUACGUAAACCACAGGAGCUGGACUUCUGUAAACUAAAGUCUUGCUAAGGGACUCCAAAACCUAUAUUAGGACUGAAAUGAAUCCACCAGCAUAUUUCCCCACAUGCAUCAUGAAAAAGGAAAGGAGGAUGAAAGGUGUAGAAUGAAUGCUACAAUCUUUUUUCCCACCAUUUAGACCACAUUAUCUCAAUCCAGAAAAACAACACUGAACAAAGUCAAUAUAGAGCUGAAUCAUGUGAAUAUGUUAGCAAGCUAUUUAUCUUACUUAUGAGUCUGGAACCCAUUUAAUGUCAUAAUACUUUAAAUGUUGGCAUAGAAAAGAUUUUUUUUAAAGGUAUUUUUUGUAGCCUGCCAGGUGCAUAAAUACAUAUUUGGAUUCAUUUGUCAAACAUAAUGUGAGGAAACUCACCUUUUUCUGAUAUUUUAUUCAAUCCUUGAAUAGAUUUGCAACAAAACAUAUCACGUUUUUCUUUUUAUGAGUUAGCUCUUGUGUCAUAUUGGCUGACUUGUAGACUAAGCUACACGUUUUGCUCCCCUCCCACCCGUACUGUACUCUGUAAACUGCAUCAGGGGUCGCCACAGCAAAUCAAUGUCCUCCAUCCAACCCUGUAUUCCGCAUCUGACUCUCUGACACCAACUACCCUCAUGUCCUCCUUCACUACAUCCAUAAACCUCCUCUUUGGUCUUCCUCUAUGCCUCCUACCUGGCAGCUCUAAACGCAGCAUCCUUCUACCAAUAUAUUCACUAUCUCAUAUUUCAGCCUGACCUCUCUGACUUUAUCUCCAAGGCCUCUAACAUGUAAUGUCCCUUUGAUGUACUCCUUCCUGAUCCUAUCCAUCCUGGUCACUCCCAAUGAGAACCUCAGCAUCCUCAUCUCUGCUACCUCCAGUUCUGCUUCCUGUCUUUUCCUCAGUGGCACUGUCUCUAGACCAAACAACAUGGCUGGUCUCAGAAAGACAGAACAACAGGUUAUAGCAUGGACGUGUCCCGAUCUGAUAAAAAUAUUGGAUAUCAUUCCGAUAUCAGCAAAACAAAUCAUCAAGCUAUAGCUGCCUUUGUCUAAAAUCUCAUAAUGGCAAGCCGAUACAAGCAGUCCAUUCCAGACUGAAAUUGACACUAAAAUUCCAGAAAUUUUAGUGUGCUUGGCAAGGAUUUUUUUUUUGUUAAAGUCCGAAAAGGAUGUUCCAUGGUGGCACAGAACCGGAAAGUUUAAUACGACCAACCUCAUCAGAGUAUUUUAAGCAGCAUCACAAAAAAGGCAUUAGAAUAUUUGCAAGACCCCAGCUCUGUUACUGAAACAUUUGCAAAGCAUGAAAAACUACCACAGGACAGCAAAGAAGUCAUUGGCUAUAACAGAAAAAAGCCAGCCCGUUUGUGGAGAGUAAUGUCGGUUUUAAUGCUUCAUUGAGCAGCUUGACUCUUACUACAUUAUGCCAGUCCGACACACUUUUAGAACUUCAUUCUGACCCGAACAGUGCAAUUCCAACGCCGUAUAUGUACUGUAUCUCCAACUCACACCUUUUUUGUCCCUUCAUCCUGGGAACAACACGUUCUCAUUGUCACGACACGCCGGUGAGAUGCAUUCAUGGACACUCCGAACAUUACAACAAUGUAUUUGUACAAUUUGCUGUAUUAAGUAUGCGCAGAAAUCCUCAAAAGUACACCCAAACCAUGUCAAUUCAACUUAAACGGUGGUGUCUUUGAAUGCAACCUUCCAUUGCUCAUAAUAACACGGUUAAAGUGUGAUUAAAAGUUUUGCUACUAUUAAAGAAAUUUGUGUUUCUGCUAACCCUGUUCAAGAUCAGUCACUGCCAAAGGUACUCAAAUGCUCUUUCUGGACACUCAAUGACAUCCUGUAAAUCUACUAUAUUAUUCUUAUGAUGCUCCUUAAAGGGCCCACAUUGUCCAGUACAACAUCCUGUCGCAGGAUGGAUCCUUUUGUAGUCAGAUUUUUUUUCUACUUUUUAAUUUUAUCAGCUUUUGCACUUUGUACAGCAAAAGGAAGUUGACUUAUAAGGGCUGUACUGUAUACUAUGUAUACAUUUAUUCAGCUCUGUGCAAAUUCAAAUCAUGU